CAUACGUCAGCAGCCACUACAGGAAGUACCUGGCAGCUACAACACAAGCAAUGAAGAUACGAGUAACUUAGCGGAUAAAGAGUCUCAGUGUCACUUUAGAAGUCAAUUAAUGUGGAUGCCAUCGCAUUCCGUAAAAAAACGUAUGUUGCCAAAAUGGAAAGAGCUGUCAGACUCAUCAUUUUUUCGCUCAUCUUCUUGGCAUCGCAGGUAAACUGCCAAGAGGCGAUCUUGCACGUUUCAAAUGAAGGUAUAGAAAAGGAAUACUGCAUUGUCCACAAUCACUCCUGGACCCCCCUGUCACAAACCCUUGAUGCUGCUUUGCAGUAUCCACUGGUGAAUUUGACCUCCACUGUGCUGUGUAACGCCUCUGGGGUCAGUCCAGCUCUUGUAAAGGGCAAUGCAUUGGUGGUGAUGAGGGGAGGCUGUGAUUUCAGCCAGAAAGCUUUGGUUGCUCAAAGUCUUGGAGCUACAACUUUGCUCAUUGCCAGCAACACAUUAUUGAUCACUCCAUCAGCCAAUGACACAGAGUAUGCAAAGGUCCACAUUCCUCUGGCUCUCAUGAGGUACAGGGACUUCCUUGAAGCACAGAAGGUGUUUGGUGAAGGGAUGCAUGUGAAGCUUUAUGCUCCACCUCACUCAAAGAUUGAUGCAAGCAUUGCAGUCAUGCUACUGAUUGCCAUUGUCACGGUCGCUUUGGGCGGCUACUGGAGCGGCACAUGUGAGAGAGACCGGUUGAACAGUGGUGUGGCAGGGGGAGAGGGCAAAGCAGACAGUGGAGAGCUCUUCUUGUACUCUCCUCUAAAAGUGGUCUUCUUUGUUGCCCUAAUGUGUGGGAUGUUGGUCCUCAUGUACUUCUUUUACAACAUUCUUGUAUACGUCAUUAUUGCUAUAUUCUGCCUGGCCUCUGCCUCUGCACUGUUCAGCUGUCUCGAUGCAGUGAUGGAAAAAAUUGGUUGUGCCACGGGGAGCUUCUCUGUCCGAAACUGCAACUGCUCAGUGAGGUCUCUCAUACUGGCUGCUGUGUGCAUCACCAUCGCUGUGCUCUGGGGAGUCUACAGGAAUGAAGACAGAUGGAUCUGGAUCUUGCAGGAUCUCCUUGGCAUUGCUUUCUGCCUCAACUUCAUGAAAACCAUUUCACUGUCCAACUUCAAGAUCUGUGUGAUUCUGCUGAGCCUCCUGCUUGUGUACGAUGUCUUCUUCGUUUUCAUCACUCCUUUCUUCACAAAGAAUGGAGUUAGCAUCAUGGUGCAGGUUGCCCUGGGCCCCGAUGCGUCAGGAGAGAAGACACAAGGUAACAUGGUGGAGGUCCCCGCUGAACCCCAGGCUGCCUCUGAGAAACUGCCAGUGGUGAUGCGUGUCCCACGGUUCUCAGCCUGGGCUCAGAACCUGUGUGGGAUGCAGUUCUCCAUUCUGGGAUAUGGAGAUAUCAUCGUUCCAGGUCUCCUGGUUGCCUACUGCAGCAGAUUUGAUGUUUGGAUCAACAGCGGAAAGAAGAUCUACUUCAUCAGCUGCUGCAUAGCCUAUCUGCUGGGAAUGAUCACAACAUUUGCUGUGAUGCUGCUGUCAGGGAUGGGCCAGCCCGCCCUGCUCUACCUGGUGCCAUUCACCCUGAUAACCUCUGCCGUGGUGGCUGGGUGCAGGGGAGAGAUGAGGCAGUUCUGGGCGGGAACCACCUAUGAGGUCUUGGACUCAUCCAGGGAACCUUUGUUGCCAGAGGGAAGAACUGACUGUUCCGUAGACCCGGAGAGAUGCUGACUUACAGUUUUGAGAAUGGACCCUACUGCUGGAUGCUUUUUUUUUACAAUUUAAUAUUACAUUUGCAAAGCAAGGGAACACAUGUUAUUGAUCAACAGAAUUAAAAUUGUAUGGGUUCAUUUGACUGCUGUGAAUGGCUAGAAGAAGGCUAAUACAUUUUGUGUAGGCUUGUUUAGUGCCUCAAAACUCUGUUAGGUUCAUGUUCAGAAAACUGUAAUGACUUUGCCUUGGUGAUGAUUCUUGCAUACAACAAAAUGAGAAAGCACUUUAUGAUAUCCAGCUUGACAGUUGUUUCAUCAGGGGUGGGGUGGGUUUUAAAUUAAUUGUAGCCACAAUAUGGUACAUUUUUGAUAACUGUUUUUGGGGUUUCUGUGUAACCUGUUUGUAUGAUUUCUGUCAUUGCCUUAUAUUAAAAUGAAGCUAUAUUUAAUGUU